AUGAGUGCUACAUCAAUGACACCGGUAAAGGAAGAAGAUAUUGCGGUACGACAUUUCCGCGAAUAUUUACGCAUUAAUACGGCUCAUCCAAAUCCGGAUUAUGAAAAAUGCACAAAAUUUUUAUUUGAUUUGGCAGAUGGGUUGGGCUUCGAGCUAUCUAUUUACGAGUGUGUACCGGGCAAGCCAUUUGUUAUCAUGACGUUACGUGGACGUGAUGAAUCACUUCCAUCUAUAAUGCUUUAUUCACAUACCGAUGUUGUCCCUGCACCUAAUGAGGAAUACUGGAAGUUUGGUCCGUUUGCCGGAAUAAAAGAUACAGAUGGAAAAAUUUAUGGUCGCGGUACACAAGAUAUGAAAUCUGUUGGUAUUCAAUAUAUUGAAGCAGUACGACGCUUAUCUAAAAACAGCCAAAAAAACUUUCUACGAACAAUACAUAUUGUAUGGGGCCCAGAUGAAGAAAUAGGUGGUGAAGAUGGGAUGGAAAAAUUCGUAAAAAGUGAGGUAUUCACGAAAUUAAAUGUUGCUUUUGUUUUGGAUGAAGGAUUACCUACAGAAGAGGAAUCUUACAAAGCAUAUUAUGCUGAAAGAUGCCCAUGGUGGAUUGUUAUAAGUUGCAAAGGUAAAGCGGGACAUGGAUUGCAAUUGAUCGAAAAUACUGCGAGUGAAAAAUUGCAACGAAUAAUCAACAGUUUUAUGGGGUUCAGGGAAGAACAAAAAAGGCUACUUCAAUUGAACAGCCAUCUGACGCUAUCUAAUGUGAUAUCUGUCAAUUUAACAAAGAUUGAGGGUGGAGUUCAACUGAAUGUGAUCCCGACUGAAAUCAAAGUAUGGUUCGAUAUUCGGAUACCACCAACGCACGACUUUAAGGAGCUAGAAAAUCAAAUCAGCAAAUGGUGCACGGAUGCAGGAAGCGAUGUGACAUACAGCUUUAUAAAGAAUACACGAAUCAAGGCGAUGACCCCAACAACAGAUGAUGAUCCGUGGUGGCACGCAUUCUCGUCAGUUUUCAAACAAUUGAAUUAUUCGAUAUCGGUGGAUAUCUUUCCGGGAUCAACCGAUUCACGGUUUUUGAGACAGAAAGGAAUACGAUCGAUCGGUUUUAGUCCAAUCAAUAAACUACCUAUAUUACUUCAUGGUUAUAAUGAAUACAUUACCGAAGAAUGUUUUUUAAAUGGCGUUACAAUUUACGAAAAGUUAAUCGAGAAACUUGCUAAUUUAACGGAAUAG